AUGCGACCUCCCUCCUUCCUGUCCUGUAGUUGGCCAGCCUUCUUGUUCCGUCGUAACACAAAGGCGUCGGUGUCGAAGCCGACUCAAGCCACACCUGCUCUGUUUACCCGAGCCACGUUCCUCCCCAAGCCAACGAUGCUGGAGCGUGUGAAGACCGCAGUCCCAGCAUCCUCAGGGAACUGUUUCAAGUGUGGCAAGCCUGGCCAUUUUUAUGCUACUAUCAAGGAAAUCAACCAUAACGACCCUGAGGCAGAAGAACAAUGGGAGGAAGCCGUGGAACUUCAAUGGGAUGCGUCCCUCGAGGAAAACGAUGAGGCCUAG